CAGUUUUAUAUAAGAGACUUCUAUAAUGGGCCUAUCCAUUAUACAUGAUAGUAGGCCUACCCAUAAUAGUUUGAAUUAUUUUUUGUUUUUUCUUUCUUUUUAUUUCUACUGAACAACCUCCUGGUCCCCAUUGUGAAAACGUUCUGCCUAGGCUAUUUCAUUAUAUUUUAUCCAAUGUAAAAUAUUGAUUAUUCCAUUUGUCAAAAUUUCAAAGAUGUCAGGGAAGAGGCAAAGGAGCAUUCUUUCAUGUUUGCUCUAAAAGAUCAGCUCCGUAAAAAGGUGGCUAGGUCAGAGGAGGAGACUGUGGAUAAGACAGUAGUGGAGGCAGUGGAGGAGGCAGUUAGGGAACCAGUAGAGGAUGGGUCCAUGGAAGAGAGUGGAGGACACCAUAGAGGAAACAGUGGAGAGCCCACUGGAAACAGGGAGAAAGAGAGGGUUAAGUGGAGCAACCACCUAUAGGUGUUCCUUUAAUAAGGAGUGGUCAACCCGAUGGCCGUUCAUCACAAUGGGAACCACCAGCUCUUUUUACUGGUGCUCAGUCUGCAGACAAGAGAGCUCCUGUGCCCAUCAAGGUGUGAGGGACAUAAGCAGGCAUGUGGAAAGCAAGGGACAUCAAACCAAGGAACAGGCUCUAAAAUCAGCUAGCAGUGUUGCACAGUUCUACACACCAGCAACUUCUGUUGGAGGCAUGAGUGUACAAGAGGCCAAGACCAGGAGGGCUGAGGUGAAGGUUGCCGUUGCAAUGGUGCAGCACAAUGUUCCAUUUGCCGAUGCUGACCAUUUCAGGCCCUUGUACAAAUAAUGUUUUGGAGACUCCCCCACGGUUCAUAGCUUUCAGAGCGCAAGCACCAAAACAACGUGCAUCAUAAAUGAAGCAGUGGUACCUCAUUUUAAGAAGGAACUGGUGAUGAAGAUGAGAGAGAAUCCCUUCACACUUGUCACAGAUGGCUCAAAUGAUACUGAUAUCCGGUUUUGAUCCUGAAGAUCUGGCAGUGGAUGUUGGGUAUUGGUUUAAGGGAAGCACCAAUCGUAAAGGUUACCUGGCAGGAGAAAAACUAAAUAUUGGCUUCACCACCAGAGCUACCCUCAACAGGCUGCUUGAGGCUGGAGACAUCACACCUCAAGAGGUGCAUCUAUUCCAGCAGGCAGCAUUUCUGGUCAGGGCUGUGGAGUAUUGGAUCAAAAAACUCUCCCUGAAGGAGGCCCUGCUGAAGCACGCUCAAUUCCUUGAUGUGCAGCAGAGGACGGAGUGUGGGGUGGAAGAUGCCCUAUACUUUGUAGACAGAUUUCAGGAACUACUUCCUUUCAGUGGGCCAGAGGAACAGGACAAGGACAAGUUCUUGGAAUAUCAACUCAUGGAUAUUCCCAUGCCACAAGAUCCCACCACCUUUAAUGUUGAGGAGUUUUGGGGGAGUAUGUCCUCAAUCAAGUGCAAAGUGUCCGGUUUGAGCCUGUUUGGGAGGCUUUCUAAAAUAGCUUCAUUGGUGUUAGUGCUCCCUCAUUCAAAUGCCGACGCUGAAAGGGUUUUCUCCAUGGUGGGAUUAAACAAGAACAAAACUAGGAACAGCUUAGUACUUGAUGGACACUGUCAUCCAUCAUGACAGUAAAAAUGGCUGGCCUGGAACCACAGUGCUUCAAAUGGGAGCCACCAACCCCUGUGCUGAAGGCCUCAAAACCAGCUACCAACACCUACAAUAAACAACACUGACCAUU